AUGGCUCUCUGCCCAUACUCCGCCUGCUCCGUCCACGGCAGUGCGCCCGCUCUGCCGCACCACAUCGCGCUCCGGCCGGCUGCACCACCUCCACGCGCUGCUCAGGAGCCCCUGCCGUGGCGACCUCCUCGUCGUCUCCAGCCCCGCACGCGCGCAGUCCCGCGCUCGUCCGCGACCAGCCGACCGUGCCCCUGUGGCCCGCCCGCCGGCCCGGCCGCUUGCUGCUCCGCCCGCCCGCGGCGGCUCGUUCCCCCUCCGGUGCGCUGCUCCGCCUCCGUCCACACCAAGUGGGCGCCCCGGGCCCUGCCCCACAAACCGCACGGUCGGCCUCGUCCCCACGCGCGGCUCGCCUCCACGCGGAUUCACCCUCGACCGUUCUCGGUCCCGACGCGCCCGACUGCCCGUCCGGCCGGCUCCGGGUUCCCCACCCCAGCGGCCGGGAAGUCGCCCUGCGCCCCGUUGCCGUCUCCACCAACCGCACCCAUCGGCGCCUCUGCACGCCCCGUGCCGACUCCCGCUCGCCCCGCGCCGGCUUUGCGCCUCCGCGGCCGGCUCCGCCUGCUCCGCCGGGCCGCCUCCUCGCACCGGCUCGGCCGCGCGCGCGCUUGCCCCACCUCGAGCCCGGCCGCGUCCGGCUCCCCCUGCCGCCCCGCGCCCAGCCGGGUCCGGUGA